AUGCCAUAUUACGCUGUUGCUAAAGGCUCGAAAACGGGUGUAUACAGUAAUUGGGGUGAUUGUAAAGAACAAGUCCACGGUUAUAGUGGCGCAUCUUAUAAGAAAUUCAGUACUGCAGCAGAGGCUAAUGCAUUCGUGUCAAGUGGUGGCAAAUCAGGAUCAAGUUCAUCUCAUAGUUCUGGAGGUAGAUCAUCAGGUGGAGGUUCUGGUUCUAGUUACUCGUCUGGUGGUUAUUCUGGUGGCUAUUCUGGUGGUAGCUCAAAUCGUUCAUCAUCGUCAACUACUAAUCGUGUUUAUGUUGAUGGUGCUGCAAGAGGUAAUGGACAAACUAGCAAGGCCCCAUCAGGAUAUGGGGUCUAUUAUGGUCCCAAUGAUUCAAGAAAUGCAGCUGUUCCCUUGGACAGAGUAGAUAAAAACACGUCCUACAAACCUACAAAUCAGCGUGCUGAAUUACAUGGUGUAAAACAUGCAUUGAAGAACAUUCAUAAUGAUUUACAACUGGGUAAAGCUACUGGGAGAACUGAAAUCCAUAGUGAUUCGAAAUAUGCCAUCCAAAGUAUUAAUGAAUGGUCUAGUAAUUGGGCAAAAAAUGGUUGGAAAAAUUCCAAGGGAGAACCAGUUGCCAAUAAAGAUUUGAUUCAAGAAACAGUUGCCUUAAAAAACAACAUUAACAAAACUUAUCAAGACAAAAACUGGGGGAAUUUGAAAUUUGUUCAUGUAAAGGGUCAUGCUGGUGAUCCUGGUAACGAAGCUGCCGAUAGAUUGGCUAACCAAGGAGCUGAUCAAUACGGUAAGAAUUAA